CGGUGGUUUGAAUGUAGCGUGUCCGCAGAGCUUCGGCCCCUCGUUUAAAGAGGCAAUGCGACUCGUUUAAAGUCGGACAUUUUCAGGGUUUUUUUUUAAUUCCUUCGCGUCUUUUUCGGCUCGGAACUAAAACAAGAUUAAGCAAAAAGCAAUCUCAGUCAGUGGCCGUUUCAUCCAGCUUUAGCUGCUAGCUCCGCCGCUAGCUAAAAAAAAGAAGAAAAAAAAAGUCCCCCAACAAAGUUAUCGCUACCUCGCCUGUUCAUCGCUCCGUUCUUCUGUGAAAAACUUCCAGGUUUGUGGAGAAGGAAAAAACUGCAGAAAUGGCGGAAACCAAAAUAAUUUAUCAUAUCGACGAGGAGGAGACGCCGUACUUGGUGAAGAUCCCCAUAGCUGCCGAAAAUAUAACUUUGCUGGAUUUUAAGCAGGUUCUGAACAAGCCGAACUACAAGUUCUUCUUCAAGUCUAUGGACCAAGACUUCGGGGUGGUGAAGGAGGAGAUUUCAGACGACGGUGCCAAGUUGCCUUGUUUUAACGGCAGAGUGGUGUCAUGGCUGGUAUCCUCAGAGACUCCAGCUGCAGAGCCUCCAGUUGCAGUGGUCCCCCCCGUGGAACCCACCACCCAGCCCUCACCACCUCCACCGCCCCUGCCGCCCCCUCCUGCAGAGAGAACCGGGGGCAUCGGGGACUCCAGGCCGCCGUCUUUCCAUCCCAAUGCUGCCGGCAGCGUGGAGACGCUGGACGAUCAGACUGAAACCGAGUCCGUGGUUUCCUUCAGGAGAGAGAGACCUCGGCACAGAGAGAACGUGGAUCCGCACGGGCCUCGUAUGAACGGUCAGAGCCGUCUGGAGCGCCACCUGGCCGGGUACGAGAGCUCCAGUACGGUGAUGAGCAGCGAGCUGGAAACCACCAGUUUCUGUGAUUCUGACGACGACGACACCAUGAGCAGGUUCAGCAGUGCGACAGAGCAGAGCACCGCCUCCCGGCUUCUUAAACGGCACCGCAGGCGGAGGAAACAGCGCCCGCCACGUCUGGAGAGGGCUUCGUCCUUCAGCAGCGUGACGGAUUCCACCAUGUCUCUGAACAUCAUCACCGUCACUCUCAACAUGGAAAAGUACAACUUCCUGGGCAUCAGCAUUGUGGGUCAGAGCAACGAGCGGGGCGACGGCGGCAUCUACAUCGGCUCCAUCAUGAAGGGCGGAGCUGUGGCUGCGGACGGACGCAUCGAACCCGGCGACAUGCUGCUGCAGGUGAACGAAAUCAACUUUGAGAAUAUGAGCAACGACGACGCAGUUCGAGUUCUUCGAGAGAUCGUGCACAAGCCGGGACCCAUCAUCCUGACGGUGGCAAAGUGUUGGGAUCCCUCUCCUCAGGGCUACUUCACUCUGCCGUGCAAUGAACCGAUCCGGCCCAUCGACCCUGCGGCGUGGGUCAGUCACUCUGUGGCYAUGACGGGGGCUUACCCCCCCUACCCAGGCAGCUCCUCCCUCAGCACCAUCACCUCCUCUUCCUCCGUCACAGAGACCGAACGUUUUGAUGACUUCAACUUAUCUUUACACUCUGACAUGGCUUCCGUCGCCAAGGCCAUGGCUUCACCGGAGUCRGGUCUGGAGGUCAGGGAUCGCAUGUGGCUCAAAAUCACCAUCCCCAACGCUUUCCUCGGCUCGGACGUGGUCGAGUGGCUGUUCCACCACAUCGAGGGUUUCCAGGACCGGCGGGAAGCCAGGAAGUACGCCAGCAACCUGUUGAAGGCCGGCUUCAUUCGACACACCGUCAACAAGAUCUGUCCACUAUGUCUCUGUUGGACCAAGAAGAGGGGAUGGAUCGAGGAGGAGGGUCUGAUGGUGACCCGCCAGUCUUCCCUUAUCAAUACCCCAUACCUCACCCCUACAGCUCCCCCCUACACCAGCUGCCAGACUGUGAGGGGGGAGAAGGAGGAGGAGGAGGAGGUCAGCACAGUGGAGGAAGUCGCAGCAGCCAAUCAGAUUCCAGUGAUGAUCAGAAGGAGGAAGGAGGACAGAAGAAAUCUGAGAUGACCAGACAGGAAGUGAGCUCUCAGGAUCCGGGCCCAGACUCCCUGAGUGACAGUGGCGCUCAGAGACCCCCGUCCUCCUCCUCUGGUGUCCACGGUGACGAGAGCGUCCCGCCGCAGUCUCGAGGUCAGCGCGCCGACUUCUCAUCGGUCCAACCUGAAAUGUCCCGGCAGUCCUUCCGCCUGGCCAUGGGAAACCCCAGUGACCUCUUUGUGAAUGUCAUGUGACCCUGCAGUGAUGAUGUCACGUCCUGUCAGUGACAGAACUGAAAACAUGCUUUUAUUUUGAAAAUUUAACUUCGACUAAAAACUGGAGCUGAACGAACUGUCAGAAUCACUGUGACCAGAACCUGGACCCGGAACCUGGACCGGAACCUUGUUCUCAUCUGAACCAAAUCUGAACCUGAACCAAAACUGACCCAAACCUGGACUGGGUCCUGAUCCACACAUGAACCAAAACAGACUCAGACUCCAACAAACAUCUGGACCUGGUCUGAGCUGGUGACAAGUUCAGGACCUGUGCCCCUCUAGGGACUGGCCUGGUACUGGCCUGGUUUCAGUUCCUGUACCGGUACUGCCAUCAUUUGAGUAGCAAAGUAGUCUUCAGAAUCCUCAAGUGGACCUCGACAUGUAGAACCUGUAGAACCGAUCAGCUGAAACAGGAACAGGAAACUAGGCAGGGAGUGAAUUUGAGUCUUCAAAAAUAAAAGCAUUUUAUUUUCUUUUAUUUAUUUUUGCUCAUUAAAUAAGUUUAAAUAAGUUUUGUAGCAUUUUAGAUUUAUUUCUUUAAAAACUUUGUACAAAGAUCAGAUGAGUAAAAUGUCCAGAGUUUAUCUGAAGUGUGUCCAMACACUUAGAUUAAAUCACACCUGGUUUAUGAAA